GCAAGUGUAUCCCCUUACUACACAGCUAGUACAUUAGGCAGAGCACAUACGUUUACCAAAGCCCCGAAGGUUAUCACUAUCUAGUAUUAUGACAGAAAAAUCCAAUUAAACUAUAUGUGGGUGAUUUGUAUACUGUACUAAUGAAUAGAUAAAAUUGUCAUAUAAAACGUGUAGUGAACCGUUAGCCCUUAUUUUGUGUAAAAUUUACGAAGCGCUAACAAUGUUAGGAUUGAAAAUAAUUUUGGUGUUGACGGUGAAUGUUUUUAAUUUAGUAUCACCAUUCGACUUCGACUUCCCAAAUCUGCCGACAGUAGAAGACCUGCUAUAUGGUCCGGAGCCCUUCGACAAUAGGAUCGUAGGAGGAAAGAAUGCGAGCAUUGACGACCAUCCGUACCAAGUGUCUUUUAUAGUGAACAACUCUUACUUUUGUGGCGGAUUCAUCGUUAGUGAGAAUUAUAUAAUCACAGCAGGACAUUGUGCGCAGAACGUAGACCCAAGCACAGUAGUCCUCCGAGCCGGCAGCACAUACAGGAAGAAUGGUACCAUCAUACCCAUAGCUGAAGUUAUACCACACCCAGAGUAUGACAACCCAAGGUUUGACAAGGAUGUAGCCGUGAUGAAGACUGUUAACCCCAUAGAGUUUACAGACACCAUACAGCCGGUGAAAUUGCCGAAAAAAGGGAGAAAGUUGAAAGAUAAUUCUAUGAUUAUGGUCAGCGGAUGGGGUAGGACAGAGCAAGGAGCGAGUUCCAUCCCCGAGAGUCUGAUGGAUGUGGAGAUCCCCGUGGUGCCGUACUGGCAAUGUUUCGCUGUGUACUUCACUGUACUGACCAGAAACAUGUGGUGUGGAGGCAACUUCGUUUUGGGCGGCCAAGGGACUUGUCAGGGUGACUCCGGCGGUGCAGCAGUGCAAGACGGUCAAGCCAUAGGCAUCGUGUCAUUCGGCCGUGGUUGUGGUCAGCAGUUCUCACCGAGCGUGUUCGCAGAUAUCGCCGCACCCCCUAUAAGAGAUUUUAUCACAAAACAUACUGGAUUGUGAAACGUCUGGUGAUCAGAAAAAUAAAUUGAGAAAUAGGUUUUAAGUUUA